AUGUUGACAACUCCAGACUCAGACCCGGCCAUGAUGAGCCAAAAUGAAGAAGAUUACGUGGCUAUUCCCCUCGUCGAUGAACAUGGAAGAAACGCAGCGGGUGACCUGGAGGUAGUAAUUGCUGUAAUGGGCAAUACGGGCUCCGGGAAAAGCUCGCUCAUCAAGCUGAUCUCUGGCCAAGAAGUUGAGGUUGGCAGCGGCCUUGAAGCUUGUACUGAAACUGUCACCGCUGUACGGAUGGACUACAAAGGUGUCAAGUUGACUCUACUCGACUCUCCGGGCUUCAACGAUACAUAUCGCUCCGAGACCGAGAUUCUCAAGUCCAUUUCUUCCUUCCUUUCUGAGACCUAUAGCCACGGCUUUCAGCUCUCUGGCAUCAUUUAUCUACAUGCAAUUUCCAACCCCCGGAUGGAGGGAUCUUCCCGCCUCAGCCUCCGCAUGUUCAGAAAGCUAGUGGGCGAUGAUUCUCUUUCCAACGUCAUCCUAUCAACUACCCACUGGUCUCGUGUCUCUCCCGAGGAGGGCACUCGUCGCGAAGCCGACCUCCAGGACAAGUUCUGGAAGGACUUCCUCGACAAGGGCGCAGCCAUGAUGCGCCAUACUGGCGAGCGCGACUCGGCUAUCGCCCUCAUCGAUGCCCUCAUCGACAAGUCCCCAGUGGUUCUCGACAUCCAGCAUGAGCUCGUUGACGAAGGCAAAGCCCUCAUCGACACAGCUGCUGGUAGCGAGCUGAACAAGGAGCUGCUCGAGCUUCAGCACCGCUACGAGUCGGAUCUGCGCGAAGUCCGCAAGGAGAUGGAUAUUGCCAUCCGCGAGAAUGAUCAGCGCAACAAAUCCGAGCUCGACGAGAUUCGCCAGAAGCUGGACAAUCAGCUUGCCGACGCGAAGCGCAACCAGGCUAGUCUUCGAGAGCGCGAGCGCGUCGCCUCGCGUGACAGACAACGGAUGCAAUCUCAGAUCCAAAUGCUUCAGAUGGCAUUUGACAAGGAGAAGGAAGAACUUAAAAAAAAGUUCGAUCACGAAAAUGAACGGCUAACGUCUAAACUGAAAGAAGCACAGGCUGCAUCCGAGCAAGCACAGAACUCGGAGUUCUGGUCUAACGUCACGGACAUUACAAACAACUUUCUCAAUGGUUUCUUUGUUUUGCUGAGUGCCUAUGCAAGAAAAUAG